ACACACCCAGCACUCUUCGAUCGGUUACAGCUCUCGACGAGGACGACGACGACGGAGACAAGGAGGAAAGACAACGACGACAAGGACGCCUCUUCCUCCUCCUCAAAUCUUUCUAUUAGAGGUUUUGUGGUUAAGCAUCAAGAAUCUAAAUUGGAAGGAGAACACCAUUUUUUCCAAGUAUUGAGCUAGAGAUAUGGCAGAUGAUGUGCCGACACAUGAUUGCUCAGGAGAUGAGAACUCAGGAGAUGAGAACUUAGGUUAUUGUUUGCAACCUCCUAACCAUCGAGGUCCUACACGGAUGAAGCGGAUAUGCCAAAGAAUGGAUAAAGGUGAAAAAAUAGACCUUGAAGUUAAUGACAAAGGGGAAUACUUUGGAGAUAUGUAUGGAGAGAUGAUAUCGUGGCUUGGAGUUAGAUGUCGACAAACAAUCGGUAUCAAUUAUAAAGACUGGAGAUAUGUGGAUCAAUCGUUGAAGGACAAAAUUUGGAAAGACGUGCAACGUGGUUUCAACGUUCGUGCAGAUUGGAAAAAAGAUUGUCUUAAAAUUGCAGGACGAAUUAUGAAGGAUUUUAAGACAAAAAUGACAUGCGAUGUCAUAAUGCCUUUGGCCAAAGAGAAUAAGGUGAAGGAGCUCGCAAUUCCCCCAAAAAACCAUCCUGAAAUUGAUCAAGAAGAUUGGGUAAAAUUUGUUGCGAGUCGUCUAACACCUGAACAUAUGGCUUUGAGAAAGGCACAAUCUGACCGAGCUUGCCAAAAUACAUCAAGGCACCACUCAGCUCGUAGAGGCAUGGUGACUCUCCGAGAGGAUGUGAAAAAAGAAAUCAAAAUUCAAGAUCCAGCCCGCCAUCAUGUUUGGUUAAAAUCCCGCAAGAAAAAUAAUGUCCUAGUUACGGACUUGGAUAGGGAGAUUGCCGCAAGAAUAGCUGAACUCGAGGAAAAAGUAAACUCAGGUGAAGUUUUGGCCAGUGGUCGGAAUGACAUAUUGACUCAAGCAUUAGGGACACCUGAGCACCCUGGCCGUGUCAGAGCUGCUGGGUAUGCCACUUUCUUGAUUUAA